ACCCUCUUUGAUCACUGAUAUUCACUCGUGGCUGGUCGAAGUGGACUGCCCCUGCUCUGGGAACUGCUACUAUCUACCCUAUACCGUGUGCGCCGUCAGCAAAGGCGCCUUGUGGUGAUUGUGCCUUCGCUGCCACAACAUCUGGCCAGCCGAGCCUCUCCAUUUCCAGACUUCAGCAUCACCAACCUGGAACAGCACGACUCCCAUUGCCCAUUAUCGACACCAACAGCGACCGCCGCGGCCACCAACAAUCACCAUGGGCGUACCGUUCGAGGCUCUUUUGCCCUACGCAAUCUGCAUUGGCUUCUUCAGCUUGACAGGCGCGGGAUUGAGCAAGAUCAGACACAUGCAGAACGGCGGAAAGAGAGCACGGCACUCGGUAGACCAGUGGGACACGCAGAUGAUGGACAGAGACAGGCGGCUCACUGGGUUUCUGCGAGGACAGACGGACAAUGUGAAAGCUCCGAAGGGCUUUGAACUGAGUAAUCCAUGGAGGCUUGAGCCGGGCACUACAUGAGCGGAGUUGUAAAGAACAGCAACGACAAGCAAGACGAGUACCCCAACCGCACCUGAUUACCUUUCCUCUUUGUUCCACUUGCCUGCAGCUGCUACUCGAGCUACUUACUGCUACUCGAGGUCCUCACUGCUACUGUGCUCUCUUUGCUAGUGCCUUCGCCGUUAACUCGCUGCUCUCGCCAGAGCAUAUCUUACGAAGCGAAGCUGGAGAUGUAGCUACGCUACAUGAUUGCGAGACUGAUGUUUAGAUGCCAUAGCGCUCGUGGAAUCACGCAUGCCUUG